UUCGGUUCCUUGCCGGCUUCUCCAGCGAUCGCAGCAUUUUGGAGGACAAAGAGCAGGUUUUUCCCUGCGAAGUGUGUUUCUAGGAGCUGGGUAGGUAGAAAUGCCCGAAUAUCUGGGAUUCCUCUCGGUGCUUGGGGAGUUGCUGCUCUGUUCUUUCUGCCCCCUGACAAAAUGGCUUUUCCAAAAGCAAAGCCCUUGUUGUCGGCUCCGCUUUUUUCCUUGUUUUCCGGGGGGUGAGGGUUAGAGCAGUCGGUCUCCUGCGGACAACAAACUUAGGAAGUUGGAUGUGUCAGAUGACUCCUCACCACUCCUCCCUCCACCCCUCCCUCCCCAGCCUUUUUUUGUUUGUCUGCCUGACUCGCCCGGGGUGAGCAGCUCGCUAGGCCCCGGCUCCCCAGACGCUUCCCUGGGGAAUCUCCCCCUCUGGAUCUCAAACCAUCAGCGUCUCCUUUGAGACGUGGCAGCCAGCAAGGUCUCGGUGGUGGCCAGAGGAGAAGGGACUCGUCUGAAGGAAUGUGCUCCUCCUGGGGCUUUCAGGGUUUUGUUGCCGUGUAGGGUUUUUGUUUGGGUUUGGUUUUUUGUUGUUUUUUUUUUUGCUGCCAUUUUCAUUACGGUUUCCCUUUUCAUCCCCUUUCCACGUCUCCAACAGAGAAUAAUAGUGUGGAUUUAUGGCCUGCCAAGGGCUACCUUUCCCAGUGGGGAGGGGGCACCGAGCAGGGUGAAUAACACUCCUGCCUUCUCCUGCUCUGACAGGUUUAGGAGCCGAGCGAGGUCUUUUUAUGAUUCCUAUUUUCAAUCCUAACACGUCCGUGUCCUUUUGUGGAUGCCUCUUUGUGAGGAGGGGAGGGGAGAGGUGGGCGCUCUCUCUCCGUGGGGCUGCAGGAAGGGCAGAGCUCUGGAACUGAUGUUUAAUAAUCUCCUGCUCCAACUCCCUGCCACUCAUUGUCUCCCUCUGACGGGGUUUGUGGUGCUGAGGCUAGAAAAGAGAAUCAUAAUCUGUAAUAAUUAACCGUAAAUCCCCGUUUUGGGGGGCUCCAGCCAAAGUUUCCUGGGUAACCUGUGACCUUUUCAGAGUGGGGCUUUUGCAGGAAGGCUCUGUGCUCCCCAGUGGCCUGGGAUCCCAGGGUUAUCCCACUGGGAAACCCCCAGACCCCAUACCUGGCCUCUGCGGGUAUCUCCCACCCUGAGAACACCAGACUGGGGGCUCCCCUUGGUGUCUCCCCCCAGUUUUGGGGCGAGUGCCAGCCUCGCAGCCGUGUUUGCAGGGGAAAGGCCUCGAUCUCUCCCAACUCCACGGAUUGGCUGCUCUGUUACUACCCGGAAACCGGGCCCGGGGCGGAGCGAGGCUGCAGCUGAUGGGGUGUCCCUGCCAGGCUGUUUACACCCCUGGGGGACCCACCCCGGCACCCCCAUCCCCCCCAAACCACAGCGCUGCUUCCCCUUCCAGCCCCGGGCUUUAUUGUUCCACGGCAGUUCACUUCGUUUAUUUAGUGCUGAUUUAUUUUCCUCCUUUUGUGGAGCAACGCUGCUGGCUGGGUUUGUAGUCCCCGAGCUCUAUUUUUAAGCUGGUGAAGGGAAGUGUCACCCUGUUUUGUGCCUGAAAGGAAUUAUAAAUAGUGGGCAGCUUUGUUUGAAUGUCCCUGUGCUGCCCGGUUUGCAGAGCCGGGGGUUUGGGACUGUAACUCACAGUGUGUUGCACUCCCUGCUAAUUUUAGGCUCGUCCGGAGUCAAGGAGAACAAAAGUACAAAUCUCCUUAGUUUACCUGCAGAGCAUUUGGUAAUCUCAGAACUCCCCCACCGUGUUUGCUCCGUCGAGGCAAAGGCUAGGACAGAGUUUACAUUUGGGAUAAAUUCCUUUUUCUGGUCGUUCUAGGCUUACACUGCACUUAUCAUCCCACUUGAACACCUUCCAAGAGCAGCGUUGAGCAAUGGCAUCACGUGGCUUUGUUCUCUUUGGCCUGUCCCCAGGGAAGAGCGUGUGCACUGGAAUGUCUUGUUUUGAUUUUUCCUUGACUUGCUGCCUCAGGAUCGAGAGCAAACACGAGGUCACGAUCUUAGGAGGACUCAACGAAUUUGUCGUCAAGUUUUAUGGACCACAAGGAACACCGUAUGAAGGUGGAGUAUGGAAAGUUAGAGUCGACCUUCCUGACAAAUACCCCUUCAAAUCCCCAUCUAUAGGAUUCAUGAAUAAAAUCUUCCAUCCCAACAUUGAUGAAGCGUCAGGAACUGUAUGUCUAGAUGUAAUCAAUCAGACUUGGACAGCUCUCUAUGAUCUCACCAAUAUAUUUGAGUCCUUCCUGCCCCAGCUGCUGGCUUAUCCCAAUCCUAUAGAUCCUCUAAAUGGUGAUGCUGCAGCCAUGUACCUCCACCGACCAGAAGAGUACAAACAGAAAAUUAAAGAAUACAUCCAGAAAUAUGCAACAGAAGAAGCACUAAAAGAGCAGGAAGAAGGCACUGGGGACAGCUCAUCUGAGAGCUCCAUGUCUGACUUCUCUGAAGAUGAGGCUCAGGAUAUGGAGUUGUAGUAGAGGCCACCUGCUUUUCAGAGACACUCUAAUUUCCUAACCAUGAGAAGCAGACUAUAAUAUUCAUAUUUAAACAAAGCAAUUUUUUUUAUUACUAAACAAGGUUUUUAUGAAUUAUAGCAUUGAUAUAUAUAUAUACAUAUAUAUAUAUCACCCUUUAGAAUCUUGAUUUUUCUCAGUCAUUUCCCAAUUUUUUUUUUUGUUUUGUUUUUUUUUUUUUUUGUUUUGUUUUUUUUGUUGUUGUUGUCCCAAGGUGCAUUUAGAGUAUUCCCAACAUUCCAUUCUGGUAGCAAUAUGCAGCCUGGAUGCAUGCAUUGAGAUUUUUUUGAUUUUUUUUUUUCCAUUUGGCCAAGUCUACUUUUUGGUGUGCUGCCCUGGGAGGGAGGGAAAAA